AUGCUCUUGUUUUCCACUUUGCUGGUGUUCAUCCACGCCUGCCUGCUCGUUCGCGGACAAACAAAGAUUUUGAUUGGGAAUGACGAUGGCUGGGCAGUAGCUAUUAUCAGAGCGCAAUUUAACGCUCUUGCAAAUGCAGGAUACGAUGUCAUCUUAUCUUGCCCAGCUGUCAACCUAUCUGGGACUGGAUCUCUGUCUUUGCCCCCUACCAUUGUAUUAAUCCCCUGCGAAUUUGACACCUGUCCAAUCCUUUCUCCCGCAGAAGGAUUCAAUGCAUCCGAUCCGAGACUCAACUACGUGAAUAGCUUCCCUGUGGAUGCAAUAAACUUCGGGAUAAACACUCUGGCCCCUGAGCUACUGGGAGGUGCUCCAGACUUUGUCGUGAGUGGGCCAAAUGUCGGGAACAACCUCGCGGUCCUCCUCACGUCGGGAACAGUAGGGGCAGCAAGCGCCGCAGCCAAAGCGGGAAUUCCCUCAGUCGCUUUCUCCGGGUCCUCCGAUUCCCUCUCUCAAGUUUCUUACACUACCCUCGAUUCGGACCCAACCUCCACAAACACCAACGCAUCUAACAUCUACGCCACCCUCACCCUCAAAUUUCUUGAUGCCCUUUUGUCAGACAUCAUUCCUGGACCAAUACUACCCCCAGGAAUAAGUCUCAACGUGAACUAUCCUGCGAUCACCAACUGUCCCAACGAGGCAGACUAUCAAUUUGUAUUGACACGGCUUGUUGCGGACUCCAGUGCAACUGACGUUGAAACUUGUGGUACGACGCAACUUCCAGCAGAGUCUGACGUUGUGGGACUUGAGGGGUGUUUUGCUAGCGUGAGCGUUUUCGAUGCGAGUACAUUGUUGGACGUGGAUGCUGCGACACAGGAAGCCGUGUUGAAUAGAUUAAGCGUUUUCUUGAAGUGCGCACCUAGUUCAUAA